AUGGUAAUUUGGCUGCUUAUUCCAGCUCUUACUCUUGCAUUUAACUUUGGCAAUCCUAACUUCCCUAUUCCGUUAAAAAAUUCUAUAAAUAAAAUAUUUUCUAUAUAAAUAUACCCAAAAAAAUCAGCUUUCUAAUAUUGGAAGAGUAAAGAAAAGCCCUCAAUGGAAGAAGCCUUACGAAUAGUCUCUGAAAUCAAAGACGACGUGUCCACCGACAUCACAGAAAAGAACUUCGAUGAACUCAUCCGAAAUUCAAAAGACCCAUGGUUUGUCUAUUUCUAUCACCCAGAGAGCGUAAAGUGCACCUUUUAUUCUCCACAGUGGAAAUUCUUCUCAGAAGAAGUCAAAGAAAAAGGCUAUAAACUUAACACUGGAAAAGUCAACAUGGAAAAGAAUAUGCGACUAGUUGUCAGACUUGAGGUUCAAAACUAUCCUGCUUUCUUGUAUUUUGUAGAUGGGCAGUAUUAUAACUACACAGGACCAAACGAUGAUAUGACGCUGCCUUCAGUGCAUCUAGAAAAAUUAUAUUUGCAGUAUGAUCAUAAGCCUAUACCAUUUAGAGCACCAAAGGAAAAGCCUAUUUUAGAUAAAGUAAAAGACUUUGUGCUUGGAAAUACAGUUUAUGUUGCAAUAGGUGGGGCUGUGGUACUUUUUGUAGCAGUUUUCGGACUUUUGAAAGCAUUUAGAAAGAAUAAGCCAAAGACAGAAUAA